AUAUCUGACGCUAAUUUUAAAGAUUAGAGGUAAUCCCUACUUUUUUAAAAGGUUGGAACCAAGUAUGCUAUUAUCCCAAAAUUUAUUUGGUAAUUGGUAUGAAGAAAGUGAACAGUGGACCCACAUUUCAUUGUCCGAAUCCGCCACUCGGCACUCGCCCUUUGCCUUUGGCCUUUCGCAUCCCAAAAAAUUUUCCGACACCCCUCCACUCCAAUCUCCGAAAUUCCCUGACUUUUCGUCAACUGAAUCUCCGGCCCCAAAAAAGAUGAAGCGCAAGAAAUGGUCAGAACUUGAAGAGCAGACUUUACUAUCAAAAUAUUCCGACCUCCUUAAUUCAGGGACACUAACCAAGCUGAAAACCCGGGAGAAGAAGUUCAAGCCCAUAGCGGACCACGUGAACUCCCUGCACCAUCUACAGGACCCAAUAAGCUACCCCUUCAAGUGGUCCUGGCGUGAUGUUUCGAUUAAAGUGCAGAAUAUGAGGCAUCAGUACUUGGGUGUGAAGCAGAAGAUUAGGAUUUCGAAUAAUGAGUUUAACUGGGGUGAUGGAGAAAUUCAUUGGGAAAAUUUCUUGAAGUAUAAAGAAGUGUUUGGUGACAUUGAGUUAUCUGAUAUUGCUAAUACUAAUAACAAUACUAGGCAAAAAUUUGGGGGUGAGGGUAUUUCUGAUAUUCUUGGUGAGGGGGGUGUGAUGGGAUUGGGGUAUGGGAUAGAUAGUGAAGGGAUGGAGGAUGAUGAAGAGGAAGAUGAAGAAGAAGAGGGUGACGAGGAGGAGAGAGAGCAGAGAGACGAAGAUUUAAGGGGUGAGGAAAGGGCAAAAGAGGAAAAUGACGAUUUAGGCUUUGAAGGAAGGAGGAAGUUGAAGAAGAGGUUUAAGGGGAAGAGAUUAAGUAUGGUGGGUGCUAAAGUUUUGGAAUUGAAGGAUGUGCUUUUGCGGAGGGAAGAUAAACGGAGAGAACGAGAAUGGUGUAAAGAAGAAAGGUUGAUGGAAAAUGAGAAAGCUCAGAAGGAUAGGGGAAUGCAGAGAGAAAAGCGGAUAAAAGAGAGGGAAGAGGAGAUUGAUGAAAAGGAAAUAGAAUUGGAAGAAAGGCAGCUAACGUGGGCGAAAAGGGAACUUGAGAAAAGGCUGAGGUUAGAAAGGGAAUUUGAUGAGGAGAAGAGGAGGCGAAUGAAGCUCGAGGAGAAGUGGGAGGAGGAAGAGGUGGAAUGGAGGGAGAGAAUGGUCGGAAUGCAGAUUGAACACGAGAAACAGAUGAUGCAAAUGCAUGCUGAUGCUUGCCAAAAUCAAUUGCAGAUUCUGGGGGUUAUGGCUCGGCUUGUGUGUCAAUUUUUUGGGUCGGUGAAUGAUGGUUUAGGUGGUGGAUUGGGGCCUUUGCCACCUCAAGUAUUGCAGAAUAUGCAGCAUCCAGGAGGCUUGGGGGAUAAUGGAAAGCCAGAUGCUACCUCACCUUCUGAAUUUUUGUAGCAUGUCGAAGUACUGGAAUUGUUGCAAGUAAAUUCUUCAAAACCCAAGUUCUGUGGCCAGUGGACGUGAUUAACCAAGAGCUUGACAUUGAUCUUUUGGAUGACUCUACAUUUCCUUCCACUUGCAGCAUGUUUGGCUGAGCUCAAAACUUUCUUAAACUUGGCCUAUGUUUGGAGUUCAAAAUGCUUCAGUUGGAGUAGGAAAUAAAUUAAAAGCUUCUGAAUUGGAAGUUCUUCUAUAUCCGUAUAUUGAUCUUCUAACUCACCAGCAACAGCUACAUCAUGCAACCACUUUUUAGUGCAACGAAGUUACUUCUCCAACCCUGUAGAAAUUGAUUUUCUCUUGAAGAGGGGUGUCUGGAUUGAAUGAGCUACUGGUUUCUUAGUGCAACGAAGUUACUUCUCCAACCCUGUGGAAAUUGAUUUUCUCUUGAAGAGGGGUGUCUGGAUUGAAUGAGCUACUGGUUUCUGACAUUUCGGUCGGUUGAAGAGCUAGUUGGAGAAGUAGAAUAAUGGGAGAAAGCUUUUACAAAGCAAAAGCUGCUUUAGAUUACAUCAAAAAUCCUUGUGCGCCAAAUGCCCGAAUCAGACUUUUCUCAUCUAAUAGGAUUAUGCCCUGAAGACAAGAAGGAUGCAACAUGUUUUCACUCAUUUUUCGAUGCCAGAUGAUUUAAGAAAUUUCAAUACUAAGAAUUUUUUAGAUGAUUCCGCGUUGUUAAUUUACUGUUGAUAGAAGUGAAGUAUAUAGAGAUGUAAUUUUCGUCAAAUAAUUAUUUAUCAUUUGU